CCGGCUGUGGGAUGCAGCAACCAGGCUGCCAUUGGGGGAGCCCUUCCGAGGGCACACUCGUUUGGUUUUGUCAGUCUCGUUCUCGCCCGAUGGCACUCGCAUCAUGUCUGGUUCAGAUGAUUCCACUGUCCGGCUGUGGGAUGCAACGACACAACAGCAACUUCAGGAGCAUGCCGAGAUUCACUCCGCAUUCUCUUCGGGCAGACGUCCCACCACACCUUGCAAACGUGAGACUAUCAUGUUAACCGAUCCUCGGAACAAUCGCACUACUUGCUUCCCAUCACGCCUGGAAUAUGCACUGCAAAACCCUGCUGAGCUACUCGAGGCCACCUCUCAUCUUGAUCCAACCCAUGUCGUGUUGAAGGAUAAUGGAUGGAUAGUAGGAGCCUACGGACGACUGUUUUUCUGGGUACCGCCCGCUUCCCGAAAAGAAUCAUUUUAUUAUUUUGGGACUGUAUUGAUGAUACCCGGAGGGCUAGAUUUUGAUCUGAGUCGCAUGGCUCAUGGAGAGCACUGGUCGAAUUGCCGAGAUGUUCCUGCUUGCCAAUGAUCCCGUUGUAGUAAUACCGAGUGCA